AUCCGAUCAGUUUGAUCUUAUCCAUUUGUUAGAGUUGUUAUAAAUAUCCCAGCUUCUCUAUUUCUGAGAUAUCCAGGAAAAUAAACUAUCAAUCACAUUGAGAUCCUCUUGGCUUCUAUCACUUUUUCAUCGGUGAGAUUCUUACUGAGAGAAGAGAGGGAGAGUUCUAUUUAGAAUUAAUUUAGAUCCUGAAUUAAUCCAAACAAGUUUCUAUCAUUUGGUAUCAAAGCGCUCGUUACUCGAUCCUGAUGGCGAUUACCCGUUCAAGUGCUGCCCACGGUGAGGACGGUGGAUCCAAUGAGCAAUCAGCACACGAAGUUACUCCCCAGAACGACACUCUAGAACAAAUUGCUGCCAAGCUUUCUGUGUUAGAUGACCUUAAGGCAGAAGUGACUGCCCUGAAAGUGCAGGCUAGAAGUAAUUCUGGGAAGGCAAAGAUGAGGCAGUAUACGGACGAUUCUGGUGAUGAAAACGAUCACCACCGCCGGUUUCCCAGAUCCAAAGUUGAGUUCCCUAAAUUCAGUGGCGGAGAUCCACGGGGCUGGGUGUUGAAGGCUGAAAAGUACUUUCGUUACUAUGGAACAUCAAAAGAAGAUAAGGUUGAGAUAGCGGCCAUGCAUCUGGAAGGUGACACUCUUGACUUGUUCCCCUGGAUCAGUGCCGAAAGGACGCUCUUGUACGGGGAGGAAUUCAUCAAAAUCAUUGAGGAGCAUUAUGGACCGCCAGAAUACUUGAACCUAGACGAACACCUUGUCUUAAUCAAACAAACAGGCUCCGCACAGGACUAUCGUCAAGAGUGCGCGAGAAGGGUUGCUCGAGUCCGAAACUGGCCUGACCAUUGUCUCUUGGGUGUCUUUAUUGCUGGUUUGGGAGAGGAUUUGAGGUCAGAGGUCAGAAUCCACAAACCCAAAUCUGUGUUCAGGGCUUCUAGUCUAGCCCUUGAGUUUGAGAAACGCACCAGUGCAUUUCAAGACAAGUUCUAUGGGAUCAGUAGGGACGAGUCGAUGAAGCAGCAACGCAGGGAUAAAGGACUUGGCUAUCGGUGUGGCGAUCCCUUAAUGCAACACCAACAUCCAGACUUCCACCUUGAGGACAAGGUGUCUUUCAGAGAGUGGAGUAAUGAUAAGAUCUGGAUCAACGCUCAGUACGGAAUUGGUAAAUUCAAAUCUCAAAGAGUUGGAGAACGUGAAAAGAGCACUCACCUUAGAAACGAAAUGGAAAGCUUAUGAUUGCAGAACUUUCUAUCGCCCUCCUCCCCGUCAAGGAUUUGCGCCCAGGUGCUCUCCCCUCCCGUUUCCAGCGCGCUUAGAUUAAUAAUUAGGGUUCUUCCACAAGAUACGAGUAUAUAUAUGAAUAUAUGGUACAAGAUACAAAUAGAGGUACAUUCAAAUAGUACUCAAUCUGCCACAAAUAUAAUUAGUGUGGUACUCAUCCUAAAAUAAUGCAGUACUCUUUUA